UGCCGCGGGCGAUGGCGUCACUUCCCGGCGGGAUGGUGGGGAGGCGGCGGCGGCUGGCUCCGCGCGGGAGGGCGGCGGCGCCGGGCGACGUCUCCGAGGAGCUGGUGAACGCCUGGGUCCUGCAGUUCUACUUCUGCCAGGCCAUGACGGCCUACCGCUGCGGGAGGCGCCGCGACUUCCGCCAGCUCCGCGACGUUAUGCAGGCGCUGCUUGUGCGGCCCGUGACGAAGGAGCCCGCCAUAGCCCAGAUGCUGCGCAUGAUGCAGCUCCUGUCGCGAAUCGAGGAAGGGGAGAAUCUCGAUUGCACCUUUGAUAAGGAGUCAGAGCUCACCCCUCUUGAAUCAGCCAUCGGUGUCCUGGAGCUCAUCCAGAGUGAGUUCUCUGUGGCUGAGAAGACAAUGGAAACUAUUGAGAAGAUGGUGAAGGAAGCUGCUGUUAUUGUCUGCAUCAAAAACAGACAGUUUGAAAAAGCUUCCAAAAUCGUCAAGAGUCAUAUUGGGAAGGAACCCAAAACCCAAAAAAAGAAGGCCGAGUUCCUGGGUAUCAUCCGGGAGAAGAAUUUGACUCAUCCAGUGGUCAAGAACUUCUCCUUCAGGGAUUUCCAGCAGGCAGUGUUUCAUCACCUGGAGAGCUACAUAGGUGAUUCAGAGCCAGCGCUCCUAACGGUAAUAAAAAAAUGGAAUUCAGAACAUCACGAAGAAGAGAAAUGCUCAUCGGAGCCUCCUGAGUCUGCAAAUAAACCAAAGGAUAAGGACCCAGAUGGAGCUCCAGAAUCUGCAGAAACACCCAAGGACCAGGACCCAGAUGGGGCUCCAGAAUCUGCAGAAACACCCAAGGACCAGGACCCAGAUGGGGCUUCAGAAUCUACAGAAACAGCUGAGGACCAGGUGGAAGCUCUUGGUCCUGCCAAAAGGGCAUGUAGUCUUGAAGCGCUUCCUGGGCCUGUGGAAGGAGCUCAGGACUCUGCAGCAGCUCCUGAGGCCAUGGAUGUGGCUAUGGACCCUGCAGCAACUCCUGAACGUAUAGUGGCAGUGGUUAAUACCUUGGAAGAUGCAUCAGCGCCUAUGGAAAUACCUAGCAAACCAGUAUCAGCAGCUCCUGAACUCCCAGCAGUGUCCCCUGGAGACUUGGAAAGGCUGCCCUCUGGAGCCAUCACCACGUUUGGGAUUUCUGCUCUCAGAGAAGCCUUCAAGAUCCUCUCUAACUUGCCGGAUUCGGACGCACUCUUCACCAAACUGGAUGAAACAGACUUUCCUUUCCUCAAGCAACUGUCUCCUUCUGUAUCCCACAGAACCAAGAGACAGCAAGAAGAGGAGAAUCAAGAUCCUGAGAUCUCAGACCCUCCCAAAAUAGCCCAUAAGAGCAAACGCUUGCUGACACUAAGCAAAAUGGUCACAGAGCGAGACAUCCAGUGCGGCGAGUUGAGCUCGAGCCCAGAUUCUUCCCAAGAGCCAGUUGUAUCCUCUGCUUCCAGACCCGUUCAGAAACUGCACGACCAGCCUGUGCCCACGCAGAGCACUAAGCUCUUCCAGGGACGGUGGAACAGCUCCUGUGGUGAAGAAGAAAAAGAUAGCUGGAGUGAGGAGGAUGAGCUCUUCUCAGAUGCAGCAUCAUUCACAAGUGACCACAACUCUACAGUGUUCGGUUCCAGGAAACAGAGAUGGACAGUGCAGGAGAGCCAGUGGAUCAAAGAGGGGGUGAAGAAGUUUGGAGAAGGGCGAUGGAAAGCCAUCUGCCAGAAAUACCCCUUCCAGAACCGCACAGCAGUGAUGAUCAAGGAUCGCUGGCGGACCAUGAAAAAGCUGGGAAUGCUCUGAAGCUGGGAGCUACAGGAGUUUCAAUGCCAAAACUCCUGAUUUUACCUUUGAUGGCAGUGAGGAGGCUGCUGUGCUCAUCCUCAACAUGUACUGGGGCCAGCAUGCUGAGCACUUCUGUCUCCUGGUACACAAGAUUGCUACAGCAGAUAGAAACCACGUCUGGUAAGAACUAAGAAUCCCUGAGUCUCCAGUUGUAGCUGCAAGAUUUAGCUCUCCUGCAGCUGGCAGAAGCCAUGCAGCCUGAUAGCACACACUUGGAAACAAUCUGGGUUGGGGUUUUCCACUGGACAACUACAGCCCUUGUAGAAUGAACCCCAAGGUGAUGGGCUGCCAAAGUGAAGUGUUUUUCUGCUUGGGCACUCUCAGGCGGCAGGAUGAUUCUGUCCAUGGAUAUUUUUAUAUGCUUUGACUGUCUGAACUGUGAAUCCCUUGUUCAUCCAUUUGUGCUUGGUUCCCUGUGGGAGGGAGGCAGGGAGGAUGGAGUCCCAAAGCUGCUGAGGAAAGAAGAGAUGUAGACCAAGGGAUCUGCUGAGUUAAUUUUCACAUUUCUCUCCUCACUGUAGAUGGCUGGUCUCUGGGGAUUUCUCCCUCCCAGCCUUGAGGCUUUAAAAACAUCUUUUUUAUUAUUAAAUGUUGGUUGUUUCCCAUGUUUAAAA